UUUAAAGGUGGAGAUGGUAUAUGUUAUGUCAAUGUCAAAAUAUAUUAAGGAUGGAGAAUUCAAAAUUCUCUAUAACGUGUAAGAUACCCAAACUGUUUUGAGUAAAAAAAAUCAUCUUACCCUUGCAAUCCAAUGCCCACUCAACAUACUAUGAUUCUUUCUUCAAUUUGCAUGUCAUUCUUCAACUAUCUUUCUUCAUACACGACCAGAGUUGUACAGUGAAACAUGGUUGAAAGUUAAUGAUCUAAAGCUUUUCAUGUCGUUUAAUCUCCAUAUCCUCACGACGGAGCUUUCCAAGAGUUUUCUAACUCUUUUACGAACAAAGGAACUGCAUGCUUUUAUUACCAAAUCCCAUCUUGCUUCCGACCCAUUUUACGCAACUAGAAUUGUUAAGCUCUACUCCAUCAAUGCUAAACUCGGUUAUGCCCGCCAUUUGUUUGACAAAACUCCCAACCGAAGUGUCUACCUUUGGAACUCAAUCAUUCGAGCUUACGCGAAAGCAUAUAAAUUCAGGGAUGCAUUAUCUCUGUUCCUCACAAUGUCUGGAACUGAGACAUCGCCCGAUAACUUCACUUAUUCAUGCAUCAUAAGGGCAUGCUCUGAGAAUCACCAUAGAGAAUGGCUUAAGUUUGUUCAUGGACGAGUUUUAGUAACUGGGUUUGGAUUAGAUCCUAUUUGUUGCAGCGCUCUAGUGACUGCAUACUCAAAUCUGGACCUUAUUGAAGAGGCCAGCAAAGUGUUUGGUAGAAUACAACAUCCAGACUUGGUUAUGUGGAACUCAAUCAUUUGUGGAUUUGGGUCUUGUGGGUAUUGGAAUCAGGGGCUUUUGUUAUUUUCUAGGAUGAGGAAUCUGGGAGAACUUCCGGAUGGAUACACGGUAGUUGGUGUGGCAUCGGGUAUAGCAGAACCCAGCCUACUGAGCACUGGCAAAGGCAUUCAUGGACUUUGCCUCAAGUGUAAUUUUGACUCUAAUGAGCAUGUAGCUAGUGCACUUGUGAGUAUGUAUUCGAGGUGUAAUUGCAUGGAUUCAGCAUAUUUAGUAUUUAGUAGUUUGUUACAGCCUGACUUAGUUACAUGGUCUGCUUUAAUAACUGGGUAUUCUCAAGCUGGUGACUUUAGGAAAGCAAUGUUGUUCUUUCAGAGACUGAAUAUGCAGGGUAAGAAGAUGGAUUCUAUUUUGAUUGCCAGCAUUUUGGCUGCUACUGCUCAAUCGACCAACAUAAGGCAUGGAAUUGAGAUACAUGGUUAUGUUCUUCGACAAGGGAUAGAAUCAAACGAGAUGAUAUCUUCUUCUCUCAUAGACAUGUAUUCCAAGUGUGGUUAUUUGAGUUUAGGAAUUCGUGUUUUUCACGUUAUGUCACAAAAAAAUAUCUCGACAUACAAUUCUGUAAUAUGGGGACUUGGUUUGCAUGGACUUGCAUCAAAGGCAUUGGAGAUGUUUGAAGAGUUGUUGACCAUUGGUUUAGUGCCUAAUGAGUCCACUUUCUCUGCUCUCCUCUUUGCGUGCUGCCAUGCUGGUCUUAACUCUGUUGGCAAGGAGAUUUUCAAACGAAUGAAAGAUGAGUUUUGCAUCAAAUACAAAACAGAGCAUUACGUUUACAUUGUAAAACUUCUUGGAAUGACUGGGGAAUUAGAAGUGGCUUACAAUCUUGUCAUGUCCUUACCAGAGCCUGCAGACUCUGGAAUUUGGGGAGCUCUACUCUCUUGCUGUGAUGCUUGUGGGAACGUUGAACUGGCUGAAGUUGUUGCUCAACGGCUCAUAGAAAAUGAUCCUGAAAAAACUGUUUAUAAAGUAAUGCUCUCUAAUAUUUAUGCUGGAGAUGGGAGAUGGGAUGAUGUGAAGAAGUUAAGGGAUACAAUGACAGAAAAGGAACGAGGAAAAUGUCCUGGUCUUAGCUGGAUUUGAGAGUUUAAUGUUUGUUGGCAGGUACAUUCGCUUGGUCAUCAUUGAUCAUAUUUCAAUAAUUUACAGAAGCGAAUGUCACCUUGUGAAGUUAUGAUUCCUUUUAAAUUAUGGCUAUUUUCUGCUGGCUUUGAAGAUGCCACCAGUGAUCUUUGGAUAUUUACUUCAGGGACCAAAAAGUUCUUAUGGUUAAGACGAUAACUCUUUUCGAAGUGUUGCAUUUUGAUUGUUGCUUUAAUGCAGCAUAUUCAGAUUUUUGAGUGCCUCAAAAACCACUUGCUAUGUGGCUAGUGCAGGAUCCCACCUCAACGUAAUGGCUAAAUUAUGGAGUUCGUUUUUGUUGAUUUCUGGGACAUUAUGUUGCACCAGUGGGAAAUGAAAUCUAAAGAAAUUCCCUGGCUCUCCAUGCUGCUGAUUCUGUUGCAAU